AUGCUCAAAGCAGUCAGUCUACAAUUUACUACUGCUAUUACAACACUGUUGCAGCCCAUCAGAGUAUCUGAAAAAGGUGUACCCACAGAACUUUGUGUAUACAGCCCGAAGGAUAAUGUAGUGCUUCCUGACAAUACAGUUGUGUUUGCCUACACCCGGGUGUAUAUUUCUGUUAAAGGCCCUGCUCUUCUCAAUGCCAUCCAGAUUUAUCCUUUUCCCAGCGACCCUUCUGACAAUGACUACGACGGCAACCUCCCCGAGAUCCUGCCUUGCCUUUUUGCUACUGGCAUUGUCCGCUCUGUGCACGAUGUCACUGCUAUUGACAACAACAAGCGUGUCAUGCUGGAGGUUUCAGAUUGCAUGCAAGAUGGAAAGAAGGGUUUUACCUUCGAGGCCAAAUUUACUGGUGCCACCCCCUGGUGGAAUCGUGUUCCACUUCCUAGCUUGCAAUCAAAUGCACAGAUUUGUGCCCACUUAAGGUGCUGGACCUCUCCUGUGACACCUCCAGCCAAGAAGAGGAAGUACAAUGCAUACAUUGCUUCUGGGACCUUUCUGUUGUCCUCCACUGCAAGUACUUCAUCGCUUGCAGGCCCAUCAGGUUCUUCUCAGUCAACAUUACCUGAACCUGGAUCUGCUGCUGGUGAAGUGUCCCCGGCUGAGCAACAAGAGCCUGUCGCAAUGCUCUCUAGUGGUUCUAUGGAAGACACAACUGCUUUCAGUGCAAAGGCUGCUGGCAAAAGAAAGGCCAGACAGUAA